CAGGAAGCGGGGAGGUGCUCCCGCAGCCGCGCUCCUUCCCUUCCCCCGCCCCGCACCCGCCCAGCCCCGGGAGCGCCCGCAGCGACGCGAGGCAGCGCGGCUGGGUCCCCGCCGCCAUGGACAGCGACGACGAGAUGCUGGAGGAAUCCGUGGAAGGGCAGCUGGACGAUGACGGGCUACCGCACGGCUUCUGCACCGUCACCUACUCCUCCACCGACAGAUUUGAGGGCAACUUUGUCCACGGAGAGAAGAAUGGACGGGGGAAGUUUCUCUUCUUCGAUGGCAGCACCCUGGAGGGGUACUAUGUGGAUGAUGCCCUUCAGGGCCAGGGAGUUUACACCUACGAGGAUGGAGGCGUUCUCCAGGGCACCUACGUGGACGGGGAGCUGAAUGGCCCAGCCCAGGAAUACGACACAGACGGGAGGCUGAUCUUCAAGGGCCAGUACAAGGACAACAUCCGCCACGGGGUCUGCUGGAUCUACUACCCAGAUGGAGGCAGCCUGGUGGGGGAUGUGAACGAAGAUGGGGAGAUGACAGGGGAGAAGAUCGCCUACGUGUAUCCAGAUGGGAGGACGGCGCUGUUGGGCAGGUUCAUUGACGGGGAGAUGAUGGAAGGGAGACUGGCCACGCUUGUGUCCACCGAGGAGGGGCGGCCGCACUUUGAGCUGGUGCCCGGCGGCUCCGUGUACCACUUUGACAAGUCCACUUCAUCCUGCAUCUCCAGCAACGCGCUCCUUCCAGACCUGUACGAAUCCGAGAGGGUCUACGUUGCUGAGUCUCUCAUCUCCGGCGCUGGAGAAGGGCUGUUCUCCAAGAUCACAGUGGGCGCCAACACUGUGAUGUCUUUCUAUAACGGAGUGCGGAUCACACACCAAGAGGUGGACGGCAGGGACUGGGCCCUCAACGGAAACACCCUGUCGCUGGACGAGGAGACGGUCAUCGACGUGCCUGAGCCCUACAACCACGUGUCCAAGUACUGUGCCUCUUUGGGACACAAGGCCAACCACUCCUUCACCCCCAAUUGCAUCUAUGACUUGUUCAUGCAUCCCCGCUUCGGGCCCAUCAAGUGCAUCCGCACGCUGCGUGCCGUGGAGGCGGAUGAGGAGCUGACGGUGGCCUAUGGCUACGACCACAACCCCCCCGGCAAGAGUGGCCCCGAGGCCCCCGAGUGGUACCAGCUGGAGUUGAGGGCCUUUCAGACCGCCCAGCAGAAGUGACGGCCAUCGCCCCAAGCCCGGCCCCGCGGCACUCCGUCUCCUAGUCCAGGGGGGCAGCCAGCGGACAGCCAGGGCCGGGGGGGCACCCUCCCACUCCCCGCACACUAACCCGCUCUGUCGCUCAGCGCACCUUUACACCCGCCAGCCUUGCAGCCGCGUCCUGCCGAGAGAGGAGCCGGCAGAGAAGGGGUGCCCCGGGGUGCCAGGUGUCUGCCACCUGCAGCCCUGCAGACAGUCCCGUCGGCACCGGGGCACUGGGCAGGGUCUUUUCUAGUGAGUGGUUCUUCCAUGACGACGCCUUUCUUUUCUUCCUCUGACCAGUGCACAAUGCGUGACCACACUUGCAUACGCUGCCCCUCCCUCACAGAGAAUGACUCCAUCUUGAUUCUCUAGUUUGCCUUUUUAGCCUUUGAUCUGUAUCUUGCAAUAGAAUGCCUUGAUCUUCCUUUUUUUUUCCCCUCCUGAGCAGAACCCCACUUACUGAGUCCUCUCACACCUCAGGUCCUAAUACCUUCCCUUAGGUCAUCCUGCUUCAGAGAAACUCCCAGGUGGAUGUCUUAUCCCUAACGGUAUGUAGGUCUUUUUUGGCUCUUUCUAGACCAUCGUUGCAUUAUCCUGUCCUUAUAUAAAGAACUGGCCUCUAGGGCCAGGGCAUCACAAUAGAAUUAUUAUUCUCGCAUGUAAACAAAGACAUCUUUGCUUUAAGAUGUGAGAAGAAGAAAGAACUUUAAUCCGUGUGCAUUACAAGCGGCAACGCCUACGUGAAGGAAGGAGGGAAUAAGCAUUUCUAAGCAGUGACUGUGGUGAUUUUGCAGUACCUUCAACAGCACCAGUGAUGUCUGCUCUGCGGGUGCACAUCGAACACCAGAGCACAGAGCAGCCGGACUCGGAGCUCAACGCUUUGGCUUCAGAAUUCAACAGCAAAAACCCGAACCCUGACGCAUGGUCCAAAAGUUGGCGCUGCCCCUCAUGGCUCCUGUUAAGAGAGACGUUCUGACCACUGGGUGCAAAUCAGGCCUGAAGGCUGAUGUUCUUCUGUUGCUGCCAUUUCUAAGCGCCCACCUGCUUGCCAGCGUGGGGAAGGAAUGAGGACUCGCAGCCCGAGCGUUGACACCAGUAGCAUUGCCACCACUCUACAAGCCGCGUGUAGUCACAGCUGCAGAAAUGAGGAGGAAGUCCC